AUGAACCAGAGAUUCAAAUGUUUUUAUAUUUUGCAGAUAAUCAACGUCUACAUUACAAAAUAUGAAAGUGGUGGACAGUACUGGCCUAUUUUCCACAACACUACAAUCUUUUCACUGAUCUUGUCGCAAGUUAUAGCUCUUGGAUUCUUCGGUUUAAAGCUAUCAACGGUUGCUUCAGGUUUCACCAUUCCAUUGAUUCUUCUCACCCUUUUGUUUAGUGAGUAUUGCCGGCAGAGGUUUGCUCCUAUUUUUCAGAAAUAUCCAGCUGAGAUUCUUAUAGCUAUGGACAGAGCAGAUGAGAUCACAGGAAAGAUGGAAGAGUUACAUAGCAACUUGAAAGCUGCAUACUCUCAAAUACCAUUGUGUUCUCAAGAAUCUAGCAAAGCUGGUUGCAGUCCUCCUUGCUCAGAUCAGGAGUUACCAGCUUCUGAUCAACUGAAGCCAGAGAAUCUUGAAGCAGAAGUGAUAAAAGCCUUUCAAAGAAGUAAAUCUAGUCAUGAUCUUGAGGUGAAGUCUUGUCCUAGUAGUUCACCAAGGCGGUUCUCCCCAGGAUUUGCUGAGAUAUAUAAACGAACACAGUGA